AUGUCGACGGUGAUUUCGAUUGUUGUUCGUCUAGAGCAAUGUGUCAUUCGAUUCCUUCACUGGGCAUUGUCAGAAUGCAUGACUCACCAGUUACUGGAAGGCAUAGAAGGCAAAGCAAAAGGGUCUAUUUAUAAGCUGGAUCUGAAUGAUCAUUUUGAUGUUGGACUCCUUGAUCGAUCUCACAAGGUGUUCCAUAGGGUGUUUUGGACAUUUAAACACUAUUAUGAUGCUUUUGAUUAUUGCAAGCCGGUAACCCAUAUUGAUGGUACCCACUUAUAUAGGAAAUAUCGAGGAAUGCUUUUGAUUGCUACAAUAGUUGAAGACAACAAUUAUGUCCUGCCAAUUGCAUUCAUAAUUGUUUUCGAGGAGAAUCUUGACAACUGGUCAUGGUUUUUGACAUUGAUUUGGAUACAUGUGACUCAAAAACAUGGAAUCUGUCUUAAUCUGAUCGACAUUCGGGAAUCUUGUCUGCAGUCACCAAAUUGGACUAGGAUGGCAUCCACCCAAGCAUACCAUGUCUUUUGCCUUCUCCAUCUCGGGACUAAUUUCAAUCACAAGUUCAAGAAUAUGAUGUUGAAAAAGCAAGUGAAGAAGUUAGGUUAUACAACCUCGCACUUAGACUUUGAUGCUGGAUUAGAAACAUUUAAAGAAGCAAGCCCGUAG